UGUCAUUGAGCUUGUUACAAUUGAAAAAAAACAUUAAAUUGGUCAAUAAACUUACAAUAAUAAGGUUUAAAAUUGGAUAUUGACUGUCAAUGCUUGAGUCAAAUCAUUUACAAUUGGUGAAAUUAUCAGAUCAAAUUUUAUCUGUUUGCAUUGUCAACACUAUUAUCUGUUGAUAUUGAAGUUAAGGUUCAACAGUGAUUAAACUAGAAAUUUCAAGGAAUCACUUAUUAUAUUUCAGUUUUGUUUGAAAAGAGCGCUUUUAACUGACUUGUCACUGUUCACUCGUAGAAACUUGUUUUCGUCCAAUAAUCUGUUCCUUUCUUGAGACCAAAACUUUUUUGAAUUUUGUCGGUUUCACAUUUUCUUGGAGUCAUUUCAAUUCCUUGCAUUUCAUUUUGUGCCACAAUUCAACUAAUUAUCGUCUAAAAUGAAUGGAAUGGAUAAGAAUAGUGAUAAUUCUGAUAAAACAAUAUUCAAAGUGAAAUUUCUUGGUGAAUACCAUGAUUUUGUUAUCGAUUGGUCAGAUGAAAGUCAUGAAUAUAAACAAGUACAAUUAUUUAAACAGCUGGAAUCAAUAACUGGAAUCGCUAACAAACAUAUAUGUCAAGUAGAUUUAGAGGCAGAUAAUCAGGAUGGCUUCCUUACAGAAAAUCCAGAAUAUUAUUAUUCAAGCGUCUUACAAAAUGACUUUACGAAAGACAGGAUCUACAACCAAUACAUUCAUGAUGACGAGAUCUUGGUUUUGAGCUAUCACCCAGUUUACGCUUCCAGUAGAGUCAAUAAUUAUCUUUAUACUUUUUAUGUAUUAAGAAAUGAAAACAUGAUUCUUGAAGGAGUUUGUACCCCAUCUGCUCGUUACUGUCCACAUAUUCAGUCUAGAACUGUUUUCAACAAAAGAAAAUACGUCUUCUCAGAUGAAUUUCAAUCAAAAAUUAUUGAUUGCAUUGUCUCAUCAAUUAGUUCUUCUGUAGAAAGAUUUCUCAUGGAAUUCAAUGUGCAACAAUAUUCAAGAUUGACUUGUACAGAAACCCCUGAAUAUCGGUUAGAUCCAUCCAGGCCAAGAGUUAGGCUUUACCUAAGAACUCGUGGUUAAAAAUUUCCAUCAAUCUAACAUUGUAUUUGUUUAUUUGAAUAAAUUUUCAUUUCAUUUUUCA